AUGCCACUAAUCCCACCCCCAGUCAACCAACAACCUCCGUUUCCUUUCGGACCGCAGCAACCCAUCUUUCCGCAAACUCCUAUAGGUCCCAAUAUUCCUCCAAUACCUCCUCCACCUGUGGUUGCAGGGCAAUUUGGACCACAGCCUCAGUUUGGUCCACAACCUCAGUUUGGUCCUCAGUUCGACCAGUAUUACGGAGUGAACCUAGUUCCUUUCGGCCCUGCUGCUGGCGACGAAGAAAUUUUCCCGGGUAUGCUCGAUCCUGGCCAAACAAUCAAUCUUCAUAUGUUUUUCCCGUUUUAUGGUGGUCCUGUUUUGAAUGUUGGUGUAGAGGGAACCGACUGGCCGAGGCAGCCUGACCCUGCAAUGAUUGCUCCGUGGUUGUGUAAGCAACAGAUUAUGCAAGAUGGAUAUCCUGGCUUAAAAGCUGGAGUCUUCUACAGACUUCUCCUCAGAUCGUCGCUAUUUAGCACUGAAACUAUAAUGGGAACACCAAGUUUUUUUAAUCAGCCUGCAAGUCGAGCGUGUUCAAGCAGCGAGUAUCCUUACAUUCACUGCGACCUUCAGAGUGAUUUCUUCCUCGAACAAAUGAUGCAGUGGUUACAAGAGGGCGUUGCUGGUGCUUCGGUAUUUCGAGCGGACGCUGCUCUUGUUGUAACGUGUUUUGAUUUUCAGCCCGCUCGUUUGAGUUAUGUGAUCCUAAAUUAUGACAAACUCGGCUUCGAUGCCGACGAUUUCCAUUUGAAUUCAAGGAAUGGUCGCUGUCGAGCUCUUUUUAAUGGAGGCAACCAUACAGGAACAGUUCCUGUGGAUCCGACUCAGCCAUACAAACAUUCACCAAAGGUACUGGCACAAAGGUCUGGAGUUCCACAUAUGGUACGAGGACGAUAUAUGUUUCGUGUUGAUGAUGUCGUACGUCCUUGUGGAUGCUCUAAUAAGACAGCUGGAACCCAUCCAAUUAUGAUUUAUCCAAAUAUUGUGAAUAUGUUCGGAGAAUCAAUGGUUGACGUGAAUGCGUUGUGUUUGGAUCGGAUGCAGACUUAUGUUCUGAUGAUUGAACAACGUGAAACAGCAACCUGUUUUCCUUUAAACUCAGCUAUUGCUCGAUGUCGCCUGCCGAGAGUCUUUGAUUGGGGCACAAAAACUGUUUAUUUUCAGCCUCAGUCAGGAAAUUUGAAUGCCCAAGAAGAUAAAGCGUAUGUUGGAUACAUCUAUUUCGUUCCUCCUACGCUAGAUCCAAUGCGACUGGAUAUUGGUAAUGUCUACGACUGGUUUCGUAAUCCAAUUCCUUCUCCAGUACGUCUUAUUUCCUUUUUUUCCUUAUUUCAGAUUAUGCCAGUUGCUUGGUAUCCUCGCAAUUUCACGAAUCCAGAAUUCACAUUCACUCAGCCAAAUUUCCAACUGAGCAAUGAAGCGCUCUAUGCGGUUCAACUUGGCUUAUAUGUAAUCGGCUACAGAGAAUGGCAAGAUAACCAAAUUCGAAAAUUUCGCCCCGAAUAUAAAACUAUUUGUCGACUGGCAGUGUUUUCCAAUCGAAACACUUAUGAAUAUAGAUGGAGACCACAAGAAGAGUUGAUUGAUAUCAAUAAGGUCGAAGAAUGGUUUUUAAGUGAAAGAGAACAACGUUACGAACUUUAUACUUAUAGAUUUGGUUACUUGAAAUUGGCUCCACUACAACCAAAAAGUCCAACAUUACUACCCGGGCUUAUUUCUUCUCCAAUUUCAUUACACUGGCUAUGGCCGUUAACGAUUGCACAGCUGCAAAUGCCAAUCGGUGCUGGGCCAAUGACUAUUCAGGAUCAAGAGGCUCGAAUCCGAUUCGUUGAAAGCAAAGCAACCGAAAUGUGUCAUGACUGGUAUGCUGAAGAUGGAGCUCAAUACAAUUAUAUUCGCUAUACUGAAACGAACGCCUCAUGCCCAUGUGUAGAAAGCCAAGCUCGACUUGAUAUUGGUAGAUUUAUGCCACAUCCACGCUGCUCGCAGAUAUUUCGAGAUAUUUCUUGUACGACAGUGAUCGGCUCGCAGAACUGUUAUAUUUCUUCUGGAAAUGUGUAUACUUCAUACUAUGCAGGAGAAGGACAAAACUUUAAUGCAGAAAAUACAGCACCAUUUCGCACGCAUUAUGGCCAAAUGUGCUGCUAUGAUGGUGAAGGCAAAUUAAUGCAGUCGACCUAUCAGCCAGUGAUAAAAGUCAUUGAGCAAACGCCAUACAAUCCGGGAUAUCCAACUAGAGCAUAUGAAUUUGGCACUUACCCUUAUAUGGGCCAAUAUGAGAUUCCGGGAUUUUCAGCGUUUUAUCAUGAUUACAUGCCUUAUUUUUUUUGUUGCAAAUAUGCGAAAUUUCGUUGCCAAUUAUUUUAUUGGCGGCGACCAACUAGCGGAUGUCAAAAUUAUCAGCCAUCAGCAACAGGACACGUCCAAGGUGCUGGAUCAUUUACGACCAUCAAUAAUCAAAAAUUUAUAUUUAACGAACAAGGUAUUUUCAAUUUUCUACAUAUCCCACAAACUAGCAAAAAUCCAGAAGUACGAAUUCAAAUACGCAUGGAGCGCUAUCCGAAUCGCAGAAUUAACUUCGGUGGCCUGGGACGCUAUUUAUCGCAGGCAAAACUUGUGCAGCCAACGAAUGCAACUGUAGUAACCGGAAUCGCCCUCGAAGCUACUGGCACGGACCGAGUGGUAAUCGUUGUCCGAAAAGAUACGAGAAGAUUCAGAUAUCGAACGAGUAUUAUCGUUGGCAACAUCAUACGCUAUUUCGAUAACAUGAAACUUCAGAAAUUCAAAGGAGUUAUGAUAUAUGUAAACAACGUGGAAUAUGGACAAGCAGAAAUCUACGUCGUUCUGGAGGAAGCGCAAAUUGGUGUUCGGAUUCGUGAAUCGUAUUCACUUGAUGUAACGAGGUUGUCGAUGUAUCAGGAAAGUAUGGGACUGCUGGAUAUCGAAUUAAGUGUACCGCCGAGAUAUGGAGUGAGACCAAAUAUCGAAAUGGGACCACCACUGAUGCCAUUUGGACCUUUGAUUGGUCUUCCACGGAUUUCUGGUCUUAUGUAUCCUAUGUACGAAGCACCGAUUGGUUUUCCAAGUGCACCCUUGAAUAUUAACGAAAUCAAUUCACCGCAAAUUCUUCAGCAACUCGUCUCAAAUUAUCGAAUUUCCAGCAACGAAGGCUCGCCGAUGCAACAAACGGCGCCUGAAAAUUUGCAUAUCGAAAAUAUGUUUUUAAUGAGUUCAGAAUUUGACAAGAAAUAUGAAGUGUUUCCGGAGGCCGCUAUGAAGAAUUUGCCGAUCUAUAAAACGGCGGAAAAAUACACCAUUGGACCAUAUCGAUUCGUUCCGAAAACUGGCCAAACAGUCAUGCAACUUAUUAAUAUGUGUCGUGAUUUGCAAAUUCAGCCAAGAGGUUCAUUUACAACUACAGCAUUAAUCGCAAAACACCAGCCCGGUGAUGCAACACCACGCCAUAAGCAACACUUCUAUCGAGGAAGCAAACCAGAAAUGGCAUAUGCUAUUAGAAAAAGCUGGAUAACAAGCGUUAUGCCCAUAUUACUCAACUUCAAUUUGCAGUUUUCAGCAAAUCCGCAACUAGCCUUCGAAAUUCUCCAAUUAUAUGGUGACACGCGAUGCCCGAAUCAUCCAUCAGAAAUAUUACCAUUUUGUGGAGAUAGUGUGCCAUGUAUUUAUGAUUAUACUAUGCUCAAUUCAAAAAUCUUAGGAAUGGAGGCGCAAAAUUCGUGGAAUAUCUUUACCAAUGAACGUCAGCUUGGAACGAGACAGUAUAAUAGUUGUGGGGCAAUAAUGCUAGAAUAUCCAGCAUAUAUGCUCAAAACUCCGUCCACUGCUUCUGCAUAUCUGUUGGGCGAUGUCGCAAGUUUUAGUUGCUAUCAAACUCAUUGGAUUAAGGGUGGAGCGGUGAUAGAAUUUUCCGAACGCUAUGGUUAUAGCUAUCAGUGGAAUAAAGGUUGGCAACCGUGGUGUCGUUCGCGUGUAAAAGAAAAUUUUUACAAGUGGAUAACUGCGAUCUUUUCAACACUGGGAAUCAUUAUGGUAUGCAUCGAAAGCAUUGACUCUUAA